AUGCUUGCAGAAGUUAUGCAAUAUGGAGAUCACGAUACCAAGCUGCAUUAUCAGUUGUUUUUCACAUCAUCUCUCAGGAAAAUAUUCAUCAAUCGAUCACUGCGGAUGGAUAAGAUAAAGUGUGUCGGAUUUGAUAUGGACGCCACCCUUGCAAUAUACAAUUCUCCGAUAUCCGAGGAACUGGCGUUCAAUCUUUCCACCAAGCGCUUGGUUGACAUUGGUUAUCCAAAGGGACUUCAGGAACUCAAAUAUAAGAAAGAUUUUGUGGUGCGUAAUGCGUGGUUCGACAAAAGAUUUGGGAAUCUCCUGAAGACGGACGAGCACUGCAACAUUUUGAAUGCCUUUCAUGGCUUCAAGAAAUUAGACAAGUGA